UAAUGACUGAACUACAGCAAGAUGUGGAAGACACAAAGUCUGCAAAAGUUCUCGGGAAAAGAGAGAGCAAAGUUGGCUCAACCCACUCAGAGGCUGAGAAUGGCAUGGAGGAGAAAAAGAAGAUCUGCAGGUUGCCAACAGCCCAGUCCCCCGCCCUGUCCAGUGAGGCCGAGUCCCCGGACCAGAAGAGAGUCCUUUGCCUGCGGUCAAAAUCCGGUUUUGAUGGUACCUCCUCCUCAGCAGGUGAUAAGAAUGACUGUAAAACAGAGAGCAAAACUGAUUCCAAGACUGAAAGGAAAAAGUCUUCGUCUUCCAGCCAGUACAAGGCAAAUAUGCACUUUCACAAGUUGUUUCUUGAAGUCCCAGCUGAGGAACCACUGACGCAAAGCUUUACCUGUGCUCUUCAGAAAGAAAUACUAUACCAAGGAAAGCUCUUUGUAUCAGAAAACUGGAUUUGUUUUCACUCAAAGGUCUUUGGAAAAGACACUAAGAUCUCCAUCCCAGCUUUCUCGGUAACCCUGAUAAAGAAAACCAAAACUGCUCUUCUGGUGCCAAAUGCCCUGAUUAUAACGACAGUCACAGACAGGUACAUAUUUGUCUCCUUACUCUCCAGAGAUUCAACUUACAAACUACUGAAGUCUGUGUGUGGACACUUAGAUAAUACAAGCAUUGGUAACAGCCCCAAUCCGUCUUCUGCUGAGAACAGUUUCCGGGCAGACCGCCCUUCAUCUCUGCCUCUGGAUUUCAAUGAUGAAUUCUCAGAUCUGGAUGGAGUGGUUCAACAAAGAAGACAAGACAUGGAAGGAUACAGUAGUUCUGGCUCUCAGACUCCUGAAUCCGAGAACUCUCGAGAUUUCCAUGUGACAGAGUCCCAAACAGUUCUGAAUGUCUCUAAAGGAGAAACAAAAUCAGCUUGGGCAGAUGCCCAUGUAAACAGAAUGCCUGAAGGAAAAGCCAAGAGUCUGCCUGUACAUGGUCAGUCAGAAACCGUUGGAAUAUUACACAAAGUAAAGUCUCAGAAAUGUCUGACUCUCCACCAUAUUCUUAUAGUAUAUGCAAUUGUUGUCUGUGCACUAAUCAUCUCGACCUUCUACAUGAGAUACAGAAUUAAUACUCUGGAGGAGCAGCUGGGAUCACUAACUUCCAUUGUGGACACCCAUCGUACUGAACAGACAGCACCGUCUGGCCUGGGGUCACAAGUACAAUUAAAUGUGGAGGUCCUCUGCCAAGAGCUUACAACUAACAUAAUGAAAUUGGAAAAGAUACAAAACAACUUACAAAAGCUGCUCGAGAAUGGGGACUGACCGACCUGGUUGCUUGGGCCAACAUAAUACCUCACACUUCCCUUUGAAGAAGGUGCUCCCUGAGACGUUCUGGUGGAGAGCCCC